CCCACGCGACUCAGUGACUGGACCCGCCGGGCUGCGAGGAGACGCGUCCCGCUGCGCUCCCGUCCGGACUGAACUCUGAACUAAAAACCUACACGGAGACGUCUCGCGAUGCCGCGGCCGCCGCUCUGUGAAGGAGUUUGAAAACCCGCGCGCUCAAACAUCUGCUCCCGGGGCGACUCGCGAGCACCGCGCACCUUGACCUCCCCCUGCGGGGAAGCCGAGUGGACGAAAGCGCGUCGCGAGCAGGUGUCAUGGUUCUGCAGCGUUUCCUGUGUUGGAAAGCGGCCCUGCUGAUUCUCUCGUUGCUCCGUGGGCUCCCGUGCAUGUCUGUGCAAAUCCUCAACGAGGAGCCCGUGCACGUGAUGCCAGACUCCAGUCUGGUGCUGAGGGCCCGGAUCGAGCACGGGCCCCUGGAGGAGGUCUCCGCGGUGACGUGGGAGCGGGAGCCCGAAAGCGGCAUCGGCCACGACAGGGUGACGCUGGCCCGCUGCCCCGCGGGAGGCCCCGAGUGCGCCGGCACGAGGCCCAACGUGCACGUCAACGUGGACCCGCGGGAGACGACGCUCCGGAUGGACGGGUACAGCGGGGCGGAGAGCGGCGUGUACGCCGUGACCGUGACGGACCACAAGGGCGCCGAGACCACGGCGCACUGCGUCGUCCGCAGCUACGAGGCGGUGCACCACGUGUCGGUCAGCAUCAACGUGUCUCACGCCUCGCUGAUCUGCGGCGAGGCCUGGGGCACGGAGCCCCGCUUCAGCUGGUUCCACGAGAGGGUCGCCAUCACCGAUACCGUGGGGAGGGUCUCCGGAGACGGAACCACCUUGUUUGUGACCCGGACGCCCUUCUGCGGCCAUUUCACCUGCGUGGUCAGCAACAAGCUGGGCCACAGCACCGCCACCUACACCGCAGCGCCUUGCAAGACAGAGGGCACGGGGACAACAGCGGCUGUCCUGUGUCCCGUCCUCCUCCUCCUGCUGCUGUUUGGAGGGGGGCUGGCGUUCCUGCUCUGGAGGCGACACAGGCACAGAAGCAGAGGAGAGAGGCUGCGGGAUCAUUUGGACGACACCAUCUAACAAAACAAACCAAAGAUCCCCCCAGAAACAGGCCUGAGAUACAGGAAAGCAGCUGAAUGAAAUGAAUUGUGAGGCUGGAACUUCAUGUCCUGCUGAGCAGUAUGACCUUACACUGUACUGGAACAAUGUGCCGAGUGAACUGCUCGCUCGCAAGUGGAAGAAAAUCUAAAAGUGGAAAUGUAGCUUGAAGUGCCAGCAAUAUAUUUACACUGCCUCCUGACACUGUAUGUUUAAUGAAGUAAUCAGGUUCGUAAGCUUGUAUUAAAAUGUCAAUUGAUGCCUUCACAAUAAACUCCAUCUACAGAAUGUGAUGAAUCUCAGUGAUGUGAAAUCGAUCGGAAUAAAAAAAGAAUUGAU